AGAGAGAGAGAGAGAGAGCCUGAUAGCAGAGAAGAGCGAAAGAGAAAGCAAGCAAAAAUGCCGCCGAAGAACGAGAAGACGAAGCUGGGGAGAGCCCUGGUGCGGCAGCACAACCAGUUGAUUCAGCAGACCAAAGAGAAAGGCAUCAUGUACAGAAAGAUGCAGAAGAAGGUUCUAGAAUCCGUCACGGAGGUCAGCGACAUCGACGCCGUAAUCGAACAGGCCGACGAGGCCGACCGCCUCUUCUCCCUCAACAACCCUAACCCCAAUCUUCUCAUCAACCUGGACGGGAGUGAGAUAACCCCGCCGGAGCAAAGGAGGGAGCAGCAGAGGAAGGAGGAGGCCUUGCACGCCGGUAGUCUCCAGGUGCCACGUAGGCCGCCGUGGACUCCGGAGAUGUCGGUGGAAGAGCUCGAUGACAAUGAGAGGCAGGCCUUCUUGGUCUGGCGCAGAAGCCUCGCCAGGCUUGAGGAGAAUGACAAGCUUGUUCUUACUCCCUUUGAGAAGAACUUGGAUAUCUGGAGGCAGCUGUGGCGUGUCGUUGAGCGUAGCGAUUUGCUUGUGAUGGUUGUUGAUGCCCGGGAUCCUCUGUUCUACCGCUGCCCUGAUCUUGAGGUAUAUGCACGAGAGGUUGACAAGCACAAAAGGACAAUGCUUCUUGUUAAUAAAGCAGAUCUGUUACCUGUAUCUGUUAGAGAGAAGUGGGCAAAAUAUUUCCGUUCCCAAGAGAUUCUUUUUGUCUUUUGGUCGGCCAAAGCUGCUUCAGCAGCCAUAGAAGGGAAACAACUCAGUUCUCCGUGGAGUACAGAAAAUUGCCAGCAGAAUUCGGAGGACCCUGAUACAAAAAUAUAUGGGAGAGAUGAGCUUUUGGCUCGUUUACAGUCUGAGGCUGAAGAGAUAGUCAAACUUAGAAGGAACUCGGGAUCCAGUGGCACAGGCUCAUCCAACAUUCGUUCGCAAAUUGGAAGUGUAUCACCUUCAACUAGUGUUGUUGUGGGGUUUGUUGGUUAUCCAAAUGUUGGGAAAAGCUCAACAAUAAAUGCCUUGGUAGGCCAGAAGAAGACAGGCGUUACCUCCACUCCAGGGAAGACGAAGCAUUUCCAAACAUUGAUUAUAUCUGAUGCGUUGACACUUUGUGACUGCCCUGGAUUAGUGUUUCCAUCCUUUUCAAGCUCAAGACAUGAGAUGAUUGCUUGUGGUGUAUUGCCAAUUGAUCGAAUGACUGAAAAGAGGGAGGCUGUGCAGGUAGUGGCUGAUCGAGUUCCAAGACAUGUUAUUGAAAAAGUGUACAAUAUUGAUCUGCCAAAACCGAAAUCCUACGAAUUGCAAUCGCGGCCACCUCUGGCAGCUGAGCUUAUGAGAGCCUACUGUGCCUCCCGUGGGUAUGUUGCCUCAAGUGGGCUGCCUGAUGAAACUAGAGCUGCCCGUCAAUUGUUGAGGGACUACAUUGAUGGGAAGCUGCCCCAUUAUGAAAUGCCCCCUGGAAUGACAGAUGAAGAAGAUGAUGUGGGACACAGACACGUCUUGUCCGAACAGCAUGAAUCAGAUUCAUCUGAUACGGAAACCUCUCCAGAUUCUGAUGGUGAAAAUGUGCCAGAGAUUGAUCAUGUCCUGGAUGACCUCAAUUCAUUUGACAUAGCCAAUGGGCUCGCUGCCAAUAAGAAAGCAACUGUCAAGAAGCUCAAUGCACCUCAUAAACAACACAAGAAGCCUCAGAGGAAAAAAGAUCGCACAUGGAGGGUAGGGAAUGAUGGUGGUGAUGGAAUGCCGGUAGCAAGAGUCUCUCAGAAACCAGUAAACACAGGUCCUGUUAAGUUCGAAUAGUUAUUUGAUAUAGCCUUUUACCAUUUGCUCAGCUUGCUCUGCAAAAUUAAUAUUGCCAGUUGCUUGUAAUAGUUUUUCACUAUAUCUCCUGUGCUUGGGGGCCAUAGUCUUUACACUUCUUUACCAGCCAAACCACCAGAACCAAAAACUGAAGAAGGAAAGGAAAGGGAAAGGAAAGUGAAAUAUGUUUAUUUUGUUCACGUAUUUGUUUAUCCGAAGA